GCCUGUGGCGGCGGGUCACCGGAUCAAAGGGAGGAGGAGAGGAACACUUCUGUCGUCUGCUAGGAGCGCAGAAACUGAUGACGUAUCACGCAAUGCCGGGAAAGAUGGCUGCGCCCAGUCCUCCACAAGUUGCUUGACCUUUAUAAAUAGCAAACAAAAGACACAUUCACAAUGACUCCGACAGUACUGAAAAACCUGACGUGUUGUGUACUUCACAAUAUACGAGAGCGGAAACAAGGAUGGACACUUUAUCAGUCAUGUCGCUUUCUCUUCAGCAAAACAAAAGUCUGGGAAAAAGAUCUUACUAUAGAAAAGCGCAAAGAAAUUGAAAAGCAUUGGAUUCCGCUCAUUAAGGAGGAAGACCGUCUACAAUCCUUGCAGGAAGACUGCUCUAAAGAAAAGUACUAUGUGCUGUCCAUGUUCCCAUACCCCAGUGGCAAGCUACACAUGGGUCAUGUUCGUGUCUACACAAUAAGUGAUGUCAUGGCUCGCUUCCAGAGACUGCAAGGUCGCUACGUAAUCCAUCCAAUGGGGUGGGAUGCAUUUGGUCUACCUGCAGAAAACGCUGCCAUUGAAAGAGGGGAGCGACCAGAUGAAUGGACAUACAAAAAUAUCAAGAACAUGAAAGAACAGCUGGAGCAACUUGGCUGUAGUUUUGACUGGAACAGGGAGUUUGCUACUUGUGACCCUGCUUACUACAGAUGGACACAACACAUCUUUCUGAAAAUGUUUGAAGCAGGACUUGUAUAUCAGAAAGAGGGUGAAGUAAACUGGGAUCCAGUAGACAUGACAGUUCUGGCUGAUGAACAAAUUGAUGAACAUGGGCGGUCUUGGCGUUCUGGGGCCAUUGUUGAAAAACAGUACCUUAAACAGUGGUACAUCAAGACCACUGCCAAGGCUCAGUCACUGUAUGAUGGCCUCCAUGAGGUCAACGCAGAGUUGUGGAAAGAUAUUAUCAGCCUGCAGCAAGACUGGAUUGGGAAAUGUGAUGGCACACAACUAAAGUUUGCUUUGGAGGGACAAGAAAAUAUGGUGUUUGAACCCCUUCAUAUCUACACACCUACUCCAGAGGCAGUUUAUGGAGUGGCAUAUAUUGCAGUGUCACCAGACCACAGACUAAAUCAACAGCAUCUAUAUAAGGUGGGAACAGACCCAGUGAGCACUGAGAAGAUCUUAUCAGUUGCUGCCGUUCACCCUUUUACAGGAGAACGAAUUCCUAUCGUUGUAUCCAAGUCAACACAAUUUGAUUACCACAAUAAUGUCAUGCUUGGAAUUCCAAGCAUCAGUGAAGCAUCUCGGUGCCUGGCAGAUUCGCUGAAUUUAAAGUACCUGGAAAUUUUAGGCAAACGUGCCGAUGGAGAUGAAUGUAUUGUUAAUUCACAUGAUCUGAAUGGAUUGACACGAUCAGAAGCAUUUGAAGCAGUUCUACACAUAGCUUUGGAAAAAGGUGUGGGAGGAGAACAUGUGAGCAAGCGGGGGAGAGACUGGCUCAUUUCUAGACAGCGUUACUGGGGAACACCAAUCCCUAUUAUUCACUGCAACACCUGUCAGGCAGUACCCGUGCCAUUUGAUCAGCUUCCUGUUGAGUUGCCUCCCAUCUCAGGUUUGACAGGACAUGGACCUUCUCCUCUAAGCCAGCAACAUGACUGGGUCAACGUGACCUGUCCCAGGUGUGGGGGAGAAGCUAAACGGGAAAUUGACACAAUGGAUACCUUUGUCGACUCCUCCUGGUACUUCCUGCGCUACCUGGACCCUCAUAACACCAGCGCUCCCUACAAGAGGGAUACAGUGGAUAAAUACAUGCCAGUUGAUCUUUACAUUGGAGGCAAAGAACAUGCAACCAUGCACUUGUACUUUGCUAGAUUUUUUUGUCACUUCCUCCAUGAUGUUGGAUUGUUGGGAAGAAGAGAGCCAUUUGACAGUCUUUUAACACAAGGGAUGGUGUUGGGGAAAAGUUUUCGAGUGAAGGAGACUGGGAAGUACUUGAAGGCAGAUCAGGUGGACUUCACAGGAACUAAACCAGUGGAAAAGGACACCAAAAAUCCUCUUGUAGAGGAAUGGGAAAAGAUGAGCAAGUCAAAACACAAUGGAGUAGAUCCCGAGGAUGUUCUGAAGGAGUUUGGUGUGGAUGCUACACGACUUUGUAUCUUAUCAGCUGUCUCACCUCAAUCUGACAGAAAAUGGUCCAAUGAUGCGUUUGUCGGGAUCUUGCGCUGGCAGGUCCGUAUUUGGAAGCUGGUUGGGAGCUACAUUAACAGCUUUACUUCUGCCAGCCAUACUAAGUGCAGUGAUGCAGAGCUUCAGGAAUGGGAGGAAAACCUGUUCGAGGCCAGAAACCUUGUGGUCAGCAGGGCCACAAUACAGUUUUCAAAGAAGUUUUUACUGAAUACAGCCAUUUCCCAUAUGCAGGACUUCACAUCCACGCUUGGUAAAGUUCCAGGCCAUGUCGCCAUGGAGAGCCAGCAGUAUCAGAGAUGCCUGGCUGACUUGUGCAUUAUGCUGGCGCCCAUCUGUCCAAGUUUAAUGUGUGAAUUAUGGACGGCCCUGGCCAGCAUCUCUCACAGCAAGCUUUCACAGAAAUAUGUCUGGGAGAAGAGUGUUCUGCACCAAACCUGGCCUACCAUUGAUGAUGAGUGGAAACGUCCCUUGGUUCUCCAGAUCAAUAACAUCAAAAGUGGAGUUAUCCCUCUUCCACGUCAGGUGUUUGAUUCCCUGACUUUGAACAUUGCACAUGAACUUGUACGCCAUGAUCCUAAAUACCAGAAGUAUUGUCAGGGUCAUAGUUUCAAGGCUGUUCAGUUUGGUCAUGAGCCAGGAUUCCAGGCUUUCAUCAAUUUUAUCACAGACAAGAAAGCUGCAGCAAAGUAAAGUCAAGGGGUGAUAUCAACUCUAAUCAACUCAUAAACAUUUAUUCGGUA